AUGUGUUCCCUUGAACCUAUUGAUCUACAGAACGAGGACCAAUUCAACGAGAUGAGAAGGCAGCGCCUCAUUUGUGGAUGGGAUUCAAACCUACAAACUUUACAAAGUUGGAAAGAAAAAGACAAGAUAAAAAGACUAUUCUGGAUCACGAUUCCUCACCCCAGUAUUGGAAGCAACACUAUCCGCACUGGUCACAUCUCACUCGACGCAUCAUCUGGACUACUUGAACCCGACAUCGCACCCGAAAACAGAACGGAACUUUCCAUCAGCUCUUUCUUUAUUCUACCAGAGUACCGCUCAUUAGGGCUUGGGAAGAGAGCAGUGAACUUAGUUGAACAGAUGGCUACUACUGAGCGGUUCGGAAACCCAAAUUGCCGAUUUAUUACACUGACAGCGUUGAGUAAACGUUAUAUCUACAAUAAGGCGCCAGAAUGGCAAGGUGUCUGGGCGAGACUUGGUCUUUCUCCACCUUCGUUCAGCAUCCAAGAGUGGUAUGAAAGUCUUGGGUAUGUUGCCUGGAAGGAGGAGCCUAUUACCGAAGAAAAAGGGAUAGAUGGGCAGAUUAUCUUGCUGUGGGAAGCAUUCAUGAAGAAGGAUCUACAAUCAAAUAUUGAUAUUGUGGUUUGCUGA